AUGAAUCCUCUUACUCCAGAGCAGGUGGCCUCCUACCACAAUAACGGGUUCCUUCUUUUACGUGUCAAUGAGCACCAGCUAGUCGACCCAACAGCCCUGAAACAGUGGACCGAGGAGAUUCGAGCCUGGCCCCGCGUCAAGGGCAAAUGGAUGCCUUAUGACGAAAUCAACAUCAAUGGUGAGCGCCAGCUCAUGCGUACCGAGCGCUUCAUCGACUUCCACCCGCAAUACAAGGAGCUCGUCUGCGGCGACAAGCUAGCCGAGAUUCUCAAGGCCGUCUCCGGUGAUGUAAAUACACAAAGCAACCCCAAGAUGUUGAUACUCGUAUCCGUUCCUAACGCCAUUCAGGACAUGCUCCUCUUCAAAGACAAGAUCAACUACAAGCAACCCGGCGGGAACGGCUUCCAGGCUCACCUCGAUGCACCUGCCUACGACCACAUCGGCCGCAUCGAGCACGUAACUGCGAACGUAGCCAUUGACGCCGCCACCCUCGAGAAUGGAUGUUUGGAGGUAGUGCCUGGAUCGCACAAGAUGGACGUGGAGUUCGAGCACAGUGGCCGGAUCAAGCACUCGUGGGAAGCUGCGCAUGAGUGGAUCACCAUCCCAUUGGAUCCUGGUGACAUGCUAAUCUUUGGCUCGCAUCUUGCGCAUCGCUCGGCGGAGAAUAAGACGGAUAAGAGCCGGUCUAGUCUCUAUGCGACUUUCCAUUCGAAGAGUGAUGGUUUGGAUUUGCGAGAGAAGUACUAUAAGCAUCGGAUGGAGAAUUUCCCCCCGGAACAUGAGCGUGUGGCAGGGAAGGAUUAUUCGGCUGGUUAUCGGACGUAUGGCUUUGCGGCUCCGUUCACUCGGGCGGGUCAAACUGUUGCUGUUCCUGUUGUGCCAGCUGUCUCGGCUGUUCCUGUCGUGCCUUAG